GAGAGAAGGGAGGGAGCGAAGGACGAGAGAGGGCGAGUGCAUGUAAGAGAUAUGUUUAUACUAAGCCAGGCUCAAAUUCAACGCCAUCGGUGCACCGGUGCUCAUGUAAUGUGGGAAAUUAAAGCUCAGACACGCAGAGUCUCAGGAAUGGUGGGACAUUUCUUGGAAUAAAUUGCGUACCUCUAUCCGAGGGCUCCAUGAAGAAAUGAAGCUCUGAAUUCUGUGAACAUAAACUCGGGUGAAAGCUGCAAAACACUACAGCUUUACAAGUUCACAAAGGGUGGUGAAAUAUCUGAACGCUCUUCAGAGGCAGCUCGGAGGCUCUUAUGUCAACCAACCAUCACGAAGCAAAACCGCAGCUUUGAAGAACUGAACGAGGCUCCUCACAAAACACAUGGAUUACAUGGAUUAUUGCUGCUGAUUCAAGAACACAGAGGCAACAAAAUAAAAGACAAACUUCUAUUAAAGUGAAAAACAUGCACUGACGGAAGGUGAGGCAUGGAGACCUUCUCAGGAGAGGCAUUCUUUGAGCAUGCUGAACUCAACAGCACUUUCAGAGGAGGAUCAUACUUCUGGUUGGUCACUCAAAACAGCUCAAUAAACCGCACUCAGGUGCCAGGUCCAGUUAGGAUUCGGGACAUGGCUCUGGCUCAAGCCGAGAUUGGAAUUCUGGGUCUGGUUCUCGCUCUGGCAACACUAGGGAACAGCUUUGUACUGUGGGUUCUGCUGAGGCGACGCAAAUACAACGCACCCAUGCACCUAUUUAUGGUAAAUCUGUGUGUUGCGGACCUUGUGGUGGCAUUUUUUCAGGUGCUCCCGCAGCUGGUAUGGGUUAUCACAGAGAGAUUUCAAGGUCCUGACGUGCUGUGCCGCUCAGUGAAAUAUCUUCAGAUUGUGGGAAUGUUUGCAUCCUCUUACAUGAUUGUUGCUAUGACAGUGGACCGCCAUAAUGCCAUCUGCUGCCCCCUGCAGACUUACAAAGGAGGGGCAGUUUCAUGCUGGAAUACACCCAUCAUGGUAGCCUGGGGUCUAGCCCUUGUUCUCAGUGUGCCGCAGGUGUUUAUUUUCUCCAGGUCAGAGGUCUCUCCAGGAGUGUUUGAAUGCUGGGGGCACUUUGCCGAGCCCUGGGGGCUGAAAGCCUAUGUCACCUGGAUGACUGUAGCCGUGUUUGUGCUUCCUACCUUUAUUAUCACCAUUUGUCAGGUACGAAUAUUCAAAGAGAUCCAUGAUAACAUCUACCUGAAAUCAGAACAUGUGGUUUCUGCUGACAUGAAGAAGAACCUGGUCAUUUUUCACUUUCCCAUUUUCAAAAAGCGGGCCAGCGAAGCUAAAGUCUUACACAUGCCGAGAGAAGCAAGAGAACUCCAUAAAAAGAAUACCAACAGUGGCUCAUCCCAUUCUCACACCUGCAACACUGAGGACACACCAGAGCCUGAUUGUUGUGGUAAAUCUUGUCAGGAUGGCUACAGUCCCAAUGAUCUAGCCUCACAGACUCACAAUUCAUCUCCUGAUGUGCUGCCUCACAUUCAGACUCACCCACACACCAUCUGGAGCAACUCUGCAGCAUUCCAGACAUCACAUGGAUACUCUGUUCCUCACAGGACAACCACUACUGAAGAAUCCAAUACUUCAUCAAAUCCCUCUUUCCCACCUUGCCCUCUCCAUCCACCUCUUACAGGUGUGUCGAAAGCUAUGUCUAAAACAGUGAGGAUGACUCUGGUCAUUGUGCUUGUCUAUACGUUGUGCUGGUCACCCUUCUUCAUUGUACAGCUGUGGGCUGCCUGGGACCCCAACCCCCCUGACCAAGGAGUGGCUUUCACCAUUCUGAUGUUGUUAGCCAGUCUGAACUCUUGUACAAACCCGUGGAUCUACACAGCCUUUUCCAGCAGCGUGUCACGUGAACUUCUCGCUCUACUGCGCUGUCGGCCAAAGCUGCCUCGCAGGAGCUCGAUGCACGACCACUCCAGUGAUAUAAACACCUCCACCACCAAGGACAACCAGUACUGACCCCUAUAGAAUAAACUAAAAUUGAGUGUCAGCAGAGGUGGCGAUUUAUGCUGGUGUAUCUGUCCUACGCAUGUGGAAGACAUGUUGUCAUGAGAUAUUGCUACAUCUUCUAUUCAGAGUAGCUGAAGAUGCUGUUUUAACUGUGAAGAGUGGUAUGCUAAUAAGCAAACUGGACCAAAUGUGACAAAGAUCAUUUCAUGAGGAUUUUUAUGCUAAAACGGACCACUGAUAACGA